CUGUUCACCAUGAGAUAAGCAGAUGAAGUAGCUACGUGUAAUCUUCUCUGAACUUUGAAGUCGGGGUAUUCGUCAUUUUAUGGGGCUGUUCAGUUUAACACUUUACAUAUUAUGGAUAUGAUUCUACCGGCCCCGUAACUAACUAUGUUCUGGUCAAACAAAGAUCCUAGAAUCACAACCAGUAUUGUUUCUACAGAAAGCACACAAGGAAACCAAACUCUACCUCCCGUUGGGACCGGUGGUUCAGAAAAUGAAUUUGAAAGCUUUGUAGAACAUGAAAUUGGUGGUAUUGUGGGUUUGAUAUUUGGACUCCUAUUUUCGGCAGCCCUGAUCUUAGCUGCGUACAUUUCAUAUCGUAGACAUCGAGCAAGGAAUGAAGAAUACCAAAGAGACAUGAAGGUGUUCCUGAAUUCCAAGAGGAAUGCGGGGGUGUACAUGGACACCACGGUGGAGUCCAGUGACCCCAUAGUGGUGACCAGGAACAACAAGGACGCGGUGUACGCCGCUCUCCGACAGCCGGACUUGUACGAGCAGGAGUCAGACGAAGAGUUCUAAUGCACGGUACCCAUGAACACAACUUCUCAUCCAAGUUCUGACGUCACCGUAACCAUGAACACAAGAUCUCAUCCAAGUUCUGAUGUCAUUAUUCCCGUCUGGCAAUGUCUUUAUGCGGCGACUAAUUUAUGAAUGAAUUUAAUAUCCAUUGAUUUAUGUUAAAUAGGUAGUUUGUGUUUUCAUAAUGAUAAUGUAUAUCAGGUAUGUCAUAUACGUUUUGUUUUUGAUAGAGUUUGAUAAAACAAACCAGACAAACCAUUUACUUGUCCAAAACCCAUGUAUAAAUGUUUCGUUGUUACCUUGACACUCAUAUCUUUACAUACAUGUAAUAACGGUAUUAUGUACAGUGACUUUAUGAGAGUGAUUAUAUUGUACAAACCCCAAUAUUUAUUUCUACAUAUGUAUUAAAAGAAUGACUUUUG